AGCAACAUGGCCUCCUCGUACAGCCAGGACUGGAGAGCUGUGUGCGACAAAUUUCGUGAUGCACAAACUCUGUCUGAUGUGGAGUCAAGGAAGGACCCAGAGAACGACCCGUUUCGCUCUAAAUACAAGGCCAGGGACCUACUGAAGGAAAUACGCACGGUGUUAAAGAACUUGGAUAUAGGGGAGGCUGAGAACGAUGACAACGAUGCUGAGUGUCAGACUGAGGAGCCAGUUGACGGUGGGAGUGGGGAGGCCAGUUCUAGGCGCUGUCUUGGUGAUUCCGAUGCGGGCAUACGAGCAGCUAAACUCGGGGUGAUCGAAUACCUCCUCGGUGUAAACCAUGUGGAGACCGAAGAAUUAUCUGCGGGCGAAGAACACUUGAUGAAUUGCGUGAAACUACUGGACAGAAUGACAAUCACACAGGAAAAUGUCUCUUUAAAUAUCCAGGCGAGGAAUCAGCUUGGGAUUCUGUGGGCGGGUAGAGAUGAAAUUGAGACAGCACAAGGGUUCUUGCAAGUGGCCGAACUAACAUACAUGCGAUACAUGAAAGAGGAUGGCCAUCCGCCCAUGGAUCUCACAGAAUUCUUUGUUGGAGAGGAAGAUCAACUGCCCCAACAAGAGAGGACAAAAAGGUUUGAGAUGGCGUACACACACACCAUGUACUAUCUGGCACAGGUGUACAAGAACCUUGAGCUGUUCGAGCGGGCGGGGAAGUAUUGCCACAGCACCUUGCAGAGACAGCUGGAGUUCAACCAGUUCGUGCCGCUGGAGUGGGCCAUCAACGCUGCCACACUGUCCCAGUACUACAUCACCAAGAGCCGCUACAUGGAGGGACGCCACUGCCUCGCCGCGGCCAGCGUCAUCGCAGGAAUGGCUGCCCAAGAGACUGAAGAGGAGUGUGAGACGCGUGAACAGAAGACAGGGGAGAUAGCCCGGUGUUGGAUUAAAUACUGCCUCAACCUGCUGCAGGACGGCAAGAAGCUCUUGGAGGACAACACGGGGGAGCUGGAUGUGGAUCGACAGGUGGAGCUGCGUCGGGCCAGGCAGAAGGAGCAGGAGGAGCUGGAGAAGCAGAGGAAGAGCACAGUGCUGUUCAGCUCCACGUCCACCGACACAUCCAACUCCAUAUGCGAACUGGAGGACAAGGUAAGCUGCCUGUUCCCGCUCGACUAUGAGGAGGCGCGCAGCGUGUUCCUGAUGGGCCAGACCUACGUGGCGGAGGCCAAGGAGUACUUCAAGAUGGACGGCCACGUGACCGACCACAUCGAGAUCACGCAGGACCACAGCGCGCUCUUCAAGGUGCUGGCGUUCUUCGAGGAGGACCUGGAGCGUCGCUGCAAGAUGCACAAGCGUCGCGUGGACAUGCUGGAGCCCAUCUGCAAGGAGCUGAACCCCCAGUACUACCUGCUGGUGUGCCGCCAGCUGCAGUUCGAGCUGGCCGAGACCUACUACGAGCUCAUGGACCUCAAGCUGGCGCUGGCCGACAGGCAGGACGACCUGGAUGCACACACCGUCAAGAAGUUCAACACCCUGUGCAGCGCCUCCAUGAGGUUCUACGAGGCGUUCCUGGACUCGGCGCGGAACCCCGAGGGAAAGUGGCCCGCCAAGCUGGAGGAGGAGAUACUGCGUCCGGCGCUGGUGGCCAAGUUCCGCGUGGCGCGGCUGCAGUCCAAACUCAUCUCCGCCAGCCCCACCGUGCAGCUCGACAACCUCGGACGCUCACUCGAGUCAUACAGGUUCGUAGUGCAGUACUGCGAGGAGAACCCUGAGGCCAAGGCAGUGGUGGAGACGGAGCUGGAGCUGAGCGAGGAGAUGGUCAACCUGCUGCCCAUGAAGAUGAACAGGAUUCGCGCCAAGAUGGCCGCCAAGUGAGGCAAGAUGGCCACCAACUGAAGCACACAUCAUCGCUAGGGUAACAUCAUAGAUAUACUACGUAGGUUUCUUGUAUACAAACAUUUGCGCUGUGCGUGCAGUUGAGAAUCACUUUUCAACCUCUGUUUGAAAACUGCUGUCACUCACUCCAUAUAUGGGCUCACGUGAUUGGCUGCUUAGCAUCUUGCUUCUCCUCACAGCGCGAUUGUACGCUUUAUUAUCAUGGAUGCAUAAAAAGCAUUAGACUUAGUAAAUAGUAAACCAAUGGUGAACAAAACAUUAACAAGCGUUUUUAUUAUUUACCAAGUUAUAUUAAUGCUUUACAAAAUAUCUACAAAUAAUAUGUUCAAGAUUUUACAAACCGUGUUUACAAACAGUGUUUUUUAUUCAUUAUUUAUUUUUUAAAAACGUACCUAUAAAUUGUCAACAUAACAUUUCCCACUCAUUUACAAAAAUGUGUUAGUGUUUUAAUUAUCAUUAGGUAAUUAUUUACUAGGUUUUUAUGAUGUUUUUAUGCAUCCAUUAUUAUAAAGUGUUACCCAGAAAACCUAUGUGUUGAAUACUGGGUGUUGAGUUCAGCCUUUUGGCAUGCGUUAAUACUGUGCGCUGCAAUGAUGGUGCAGGGUCACCAAAGAUGUUAUAUUAUAUUGCCGGCACCUACAGGAGAGUUUGCACAUCACCUUGCCGCCACGGUGACGAUAAUUUAAGCAGCGUCACCCCUGUAUGAAGAUGGCGGCACCCUGGAUAAGCAUAUUCUUUUCAAAACACAUCGGUAAUCAA